UAUUUUAUUUUGAAAAUCAAGAAAUAAUAAAAAAUUUGAAAAAAUGUAAUACAAAAAUAUAAUAUAAAUAUUUCAGAGGUGGAGGGUAAUAUGAUGAGAAAAGUUUAGAAGAUUCCAUUAAGAUUUGGGAAAUGGGCCUAAUUAUAUAAUGGGUUUAAUCAAGAAACUUUAAUAUAAAUGUAAGAGAUAUUAUUAUAUAUUUUAGAGGUGGCGGAUAAUAUUAUAAUUAAAAUAAUAAAUGUAUAGGAGAAUCAAUUAAAAUAGGGAAAUGGAUUGAAUUGAGCAAUUAGUUCUUGAAUUUUGGAAUUAAAUCACUUACAAUGUGACUAAAGGUAGGUAGAUGGGAUAUUUUAUGGAUUGGUGAAAAUUAAUAAAUAUAAGUAUGAAAUUUAAAAAAUUUAUAUUAGUAGAAGUGGAUUAUACAAUGAACUGUCGAGCAAUAAUUUUUAAUAUUAUUCGUAAGUAAUUUAUAAAGGUAUGUAUAUGGUAUGAGUUUGAGAGAGAUUGGAAUAACAUGG